UACAUACAUCUAACCAGAAAUCAGAAAUCAAGAACUGUAACAAAACAAAGGGCGAAGAGGAAACCAGCUCGUCGACGGCAGGCAGGCGGAGGCGACGUGCUGUGAAGGCCGCAGGGCGACGUGGGUUACGACUGAAGUCUCAAGUCAAUAAUUGAAAGCCUUGCUUAUAUCUCUUCAUCUACUUCCUUUAAAGUUCUUUUGGUUGCAAUUUACUUUUCACUCAAUAGUGACUUGGUGCAAUUUGUCUGAUAAUGAAAAAAUCUGGAGGGAGGAGUUCAAAGCCUUGUAACAAUAUGCAAAAAAAGAAUCAAACCCCCCCUGCAGCUCCCGUGCCUAAACCUAUGGAGCCUGCUGAACUGAUUCAUUGGCUUGGUUCUGGGCAUGGGCAUCUUGCGGUUUACACUGUUGAUGUCAGGAGAAAUACAGUGAAGAUCAAGUCCGAUCUAAAAGACCCCGAGAAAUACAGUUUGAUGUUCAUUUAUGAUGCCUAUAGAGCUGGCAGGAUUACCCUUCGCUUAUUGCAAUUGGUGGGUCCCAAUAUACAAGAGAUGGUUACAAUCACAAAGGAUUUCAAAAAGGGGCCAGGCCAGCAAUUCAUACAUGAUGGACUUAGCUUUCCCUUAUAUAAGUCUAGCUACACAAAGGUCUAUCAUUUAGUAAUAGAGGCACAAGUAACAGAAGAUGGAAUUGAGAAUAAUAUUUUGGAAACAACUUUAGCAUCGGUUGAGAAGGUGAGCGGUGAAAUCAUUAUUACGGUUAAUAACCAGAUCCUAUCGGCGAAUGGAAGGAAGUCUGUCUGUCAUGAUAUGGAUGGAGUUAAAUAUUCCACGCAAUCGGAUGAGGAUGAUCCUUAUAAUGGUUGUAACAUCUGUUAUAAUAAAGCGAAUCCUGGUAUACUUUUUCCAAUCGGGAAGUUGAAACUUUUUGAAGAAGUAAUUGCAGAGGAGAGUAAUGGGAAUCGUGUAUACAAGGGAACUUAUGAUAAAUCAUCGGUUACUGUGGAAAGGAUUCCCAAGGUGCAUGGUCAUGUUACAGACCAAGUGAUUCAAAUUCUCAAGAAAUCUGGACAGCAUGCUAAUAUUGUAGGGUUUAUUGCUAAGGAGGAGACUAAAAAUUUUGUUUUUUUUUAUUUAUGAGAGUUGUGAAUGCACCUUACAUGAUUUUAUAUCAUCAGUUUUUCAUGAUAAAAAAUCGAAUGAAUACAAAGUGAGAAUUCCAAGUUUCAUGCAUCUGAAACUGUGGAAGCCCGAUAAUAAUUCUCCUUCAGAGUGCUUGUUGAAACUUUUGAGGGGCAUAGUUGAAGGAAUUGCCCAUUUCGACGAACAUGGAAUUAUUCCGAACUUAAACCCUCGAAGGAUCUUUAUAUGCAAAGCUCCUUCCGGUAUCACUGCAAAAGUCUUGGGAAUGGGCAUUAGCACAACAGGCAAAUCUUCUUUUAUAAUUUCAUGUAACAUAUGAUAGAUUACUUCACUCAUAUUUGAAUGGGCAAAAUGCAGGAAAAAGAAAAAUAGUUUCUAAUUGUU